AUGGCGAGAGUAGUAAACAGCAGUUUUCAGUUGUUCCCGUUCAAGACGCUUGGUUACGACAAAGGUCGGAUGCGAAACGAGAAAAACGAGGAGCUUUUUCCGGGUGUAUUGAACAAAGUGAAAGCAACUUUCUGGCCGCCAGCAUAUUUCCCCGGAAUGAGAACAAAGCAGUUCUUCUUUUGGCGAUCUAUGAAGGAUCACACUGAAGGAAUACCUAAGUCGUUUUGCCCUGAUCUUCGACCCUAUACGGCUGAUACUCUCUAUGUUGCUUGGAUUUUCUCUGAGCGACUUCACAAUGAUCUUGUACAGUUUAGUAUCGUUGUCAUUGGUCGUAUGGCUUGUUUUAGCAGGGAAAAUAUGUGUAUCUUGCGGCUUCACGAAGGAGGGCUGUUCUGA